CUCUCUCUCUCUCAUAGGCACAGUUAAACACACAGCUAGAGUCCUCAGAGAAUCAGAAAACCUCCUUUAACUACAACUUCUUUUCCCCUAAGACUCUCCAAUCCCCUUAUUUAAAGUCACCCCACAUUCUCCAACACCUCACACACACAACACAACACAACACAGCACUGAACCCCACUUUCUCUCUACUUCUCUCUCACUCUGUACUCUGUUCUUGUGUUGUGUGUGAAAAGGAAAAAGAAAAGUAACUACAAUGGCAGCAAAGCUAAACCUUUCAGUGAUUCUGUGUGUACUAGCCAUCUGGGUGGUUGGAUAUGCACAAGCUGGGUCCUCGCACCACGCACCAGCACCAUCAGUGGACUGUUCAAGCCUGAUUUUGAACAUGGCUGACUGUCUGUCCUAUGUGACAAACGGAAGCACAGUGACAAAGCCAGAGGGGACUUGCUGUGCUGGUCUCAAAACUGUGUUGAAAGCUGAUGCUGAGUGUCUCUGUGAGGCCUUCAAGAGCAGUGCUUCUUUGGGUGUUGUCUUGAAUGUCACCAAGGCCACUGCCCUUCCUGCUGCUUGCAAAGUCUCUGCCCCCUCUGCUUCCAACUGUGGAUUGUCUUUGACUCCUGCAGGUGCUCCUGGUCCUGUUUCAGACCUCACACCUAAACCUUCUACAACAUCAGCUGCUGCCCCUAUAGCUACUGCAGUAGAGAGUGAAAAAGCACCAUCUCCGGCUCCGGCAGCGAGCUCAGGCUCAGGUUCUUCUGUGCUCACUAUUUCAGCUGGAUCCCUACUUGUUGGCUAUGCGGUCGCGUCAUUUUUCUAGGCUUUGAGUGAAUGACAGUGUCAAUUUUGAGAGCAGAGCAGAGGAGGAGAUGAUGAUAUGAAAGGAAAAAUUGUUAUGUUUAUCUUUAAUCUAUCGUUGGGGAUUCUAUAUGGUUAUCAGUUUUUUUUUUUUUUUCUCUUUUCUGAGUAGAUAAUAUUCAUUAUGUGGAGUUGAACAUUAACCUGGUUUUAAGGUCUGGAUUGUUUUAUUUUAGUGUUUGUCUAUUCUUAUA